CUGCGUGGUAGCCCUGAUGCGGGUCAGAAACUGCUGGAGAAACUCAGCAGCGUCUGUGGCGAGAGGAAAAAAAACCCCAGAAUUAACGUUUCAGGCAUUCAUCUUGCUGUUGGAACGAACCUCAGGCUAAUUCGCCCCCAUUGUGACGUUGUGGGUCCUGCUAGAAGGCCUCUCUAUACAAAGGGCUGCGUUUGCGACGUUCGGAUCCCAUUCCCACGGCACCUUUGGCUGUUGUGAUGAAUACAGCGCUCCGUCACGAGGCCUCGACAGUGUGCCAGCGUCCAGCUGCCAGACGCCGAACGAAAAACUUUAAAAAGCACUACCCUUGUAGCACUGAAGGUAUCUGACUGUUGUGGAAGCCAUGGCGACGGACUGUGUGGCGGAGCCUGGUGUGGAAGCAGCCCAAGAGGGUGAAAGUGCACUCGAUCCCCUGGCCAGUCAACCGGGGCCAGCGGAGCAGGCCAGUGACUCCAAGAGGCAAGGUGAGGGAGACAGCGAGCCCCUGGCAAAGGUUGCCCGGCUCGGAAUCGGUGACUUACCGUCGCCUCCAACUGCCAAGUCAGCGGAGAGUCUGGAAGGGAGCAGCAUCCUGCCAACUUCUGACCCCCUGAUAGCCUCUGACCUCCCCGUGGCCUCUAAUCUGGGCAGCCCUUCGGGCGACACAGGCUCACAGUUGGCCAAAGUGGAAGAGAAGACUGGUGGAGGCCAGGAAUCGGAAUGUCUUCCUGAUCACCUGGAGCCAGAUGCAAAUGGAAAAAGUGAAACGGAGACCGAGCAAGCAAGUGAGAGCUGGGCAGAGCAGUGCAUCGAAGAUGUUUAUUAUCCGAUUGGAUACGAUUUCACCCAAGCGCCUCAACUUCUCUCGGGUGCAUGGAAGGAGUACACGAGAACUGUGGAAAACUUCCUGAAGGGCUGUAAAUGGGCCCCGGAUGGUUCUUGCAUUCUGACCAACAGCGCUGACAAUACGCUGCGGAUCUUUAAUCUCCCCUCUGAGCUCUAUACCGGGGAGUUGGAUGACCUGCCAGAAAUGAGUGCCGUCUUGCGUAUGUCUGAGGGAGAUACCAUAUACGAUUAUUGCUGGUACCCAAUCAUGUCAUCAAUGGCUCCUGAGACCUGUUUUCUGGCCAGCAGCAGCCGUGACAACCCAAUUCACAUCUGGGACGCCUUCUACGGGGACCUACGGGCCACGUUCCGGCCAUACAAUCACCUGGAUGAGCUGACGUCUGCUCACUCCCUCUGUUUCACACCCGAUGGGACUCAGCUGUUCUGUGGCUUUGACAAGACGGUGAGGGUGUUUGAUACAUCUCGUCCAGGUCGAGAGUGUGAGAAGAGACCAACACUGGUGAAGAAACGGGGGCAGACGGGGAUCAUCUCGUGCAUCGCCUUCAGCCCUGAGCAUGACCUGUACGCCUGUGCCUCCUACUCCAAGACAGUGGGACUGUACUCCCGGGACAAGGGGACUGUGCUCACCAUUUUACAGGGCCACCAGGGAGGAGUGACGCAUGUGACGUUUUCACCUGACGGAAACCUGCUUUACACUGGAGGGCGGAAGGAUCCCGAAAUCCUGUGCUGGGACCUACGCCAGCCUGGCAAAGUGCUGUUCUCCAUGGUCCGCUCAGCGACGACUAAUCAGAGGAUGUAUUUUGAUCUGGAUAUUUAUGGGCGCUAUGUAGUCAGCGGGAAUACUGAGGGAACGGUUUCUGUGUGGGACACCACGUUAACACCGACAGAGGGGCCGGACCCUGUCCUCAAUCCCAUUCUUCAAUUUCACACUCAGCAGGACUGCGUUAACGGGAUCAGCCUGCACCCACACAUGAACCUGCUGGCCACUACCUCAGGGCAGCGCAAGUUCCCGGAACCUGCUGAGAGCGAGGAUGAGGGCAAUGAGAUCCUGAUGACCCACCGCAACAUCAGGGCUGAGAACUCCUUGAAGCUAUGGCUUUGCUCCCAGCGGCCUGCCCCAGCAACCCAGGCCAGCAGCCUGGGAAGUGGUUCACAAAGCAAGGGCUCUGUCUUGGAGCUGGACUGACCCAGUGCUGCCUUACAUGGAUUGAGGUUAGGCUGGAGCAUCUGCGUAUUGCGACAAAAUAAAAUCGGGCCCGGUUGAAUGAGGUAACGUUACUUUCCUUGUGUUAGUUUUUUUUAGGUCUGGGAGAUUGACCUAUCCUCCGCUCUCUGAAGGCUUCUUGCUUGAGUUACAAGUUGUCUUUCACUCAUUCCAAGAGAUGAGGGAAAGGCUGCCCUCUGUUUACUUUCAGGGUCUCUUGGGCUUUGGGAGUGGCAGAAAUGUUAAUGCCAUUGGGCAGAGAGGAGAGAACGAUGAUGAUUUGAAAUUGUGCUGUAGAUCGUCACUAAAGCAAGCAGUGUGACCCAGGCUGCCACAGCAUGGGGAGUGUUUGAUGGGGACAGUGUCUGGGAAGCUUUACUGUGUAUCACACCGUGCCAUCCCUGCCCAAGGGGUAUUUGAUGGGCACAGUGUAGAGGCAGCUUUACUCUGUAGCUACCCCUGUGCUGUCUCUGUCUUAGGCAUGUUUGAUGGGAGACAGUGAAGAGGGAGCUUUGCUGUGUAUCUAACCCUGUGCUGUACCUGCCCUGGGAGUGUCUGUUGGGACAGUAUGGAGUCUGGCUGAUCAGUUUUCCAGUCUCUGUAUACAUUCCUGCUGCCAAGCACAAUAUUUUCAGAAAGCUUUGAGAGUAAGAGGGUCAGUGACCUUUGGAUGAUGGAUUUAUCGUCCAACCUCACCGGGGAAUCAAUGGAUGAAGUUGUACAUUAGAUGAAAUGUCAGUGAGAGGAGGCCAGAGGAGUGCCGUUUGCAGCAGUUACUUCGAAUACUUAGCAGAGGAUGCCCAGCUUCUCAAGGAAUCACCCUCAGCAGCUAUGCUGAACUGAAUUGAUCCCCACAUCUCCCCCACUCUCAUCCCCUCCAAUUAAAUGCUGAUAUCUGGAAAAGACAACAGUGCAGCCGAGAGGCUGGAUGGGUUAUCGUUUCAAACAGAGUCCUCCUGCGGUGGAACCUGAUCAUUACACGUUCCUUUUAAAUACUGGGCAGCUCUUUAAUGUUCUCUGUAUCUUUUACCUCGUUUCAGUUCAGCGCUGGGCUUUGUUGAAUGGACAGGCAGACAAUGCAGUGGCCAGCUGCACCCUGAGGACCAGUUUGAGUGACAUGCAAUGGGAGAAGCCAUGGGGAUUGCCCUGUAGGAUUUCUGAAUUGAAAGGGAUAAACUGGGGCUGUGUUUAAGAUCUCUUGCACUCUGCAGACAGCAGGGAGCAGAGGGAAGGAUUCAAGCCCAACAGGUUUUUACACUCCACCCUUUCUUUAUCUCACUGAUCACCCUAUUCCUCUGUUCCUUGUAGGAUUAUCCUCCUUUCCUUUAUAUCCAUUGAUGCUAUUCAUCUCAGCCACUCCCUGCAUUAGCAAAUUCUCCAUUUUCUCCCCUCCCUAGGUAAUUUCUCCUGAUUUUUUUUAUUGGAUAAGAAUAUUAGGAAAAGGAGCAGGAACAGGGUGUAGUACAGGUGGUGUCUCUUUUGCUGUGCUGGUCCCAGGCCGAAUUCAUUGGCUGGAGAUUGAGGAUGCUCCUACUCACUUCUACCAGCCUCCAGGAACUCAGACUUCAUCUCGCACAAACAAAACAAAAAGCAGGAAUAUUCACCAGACUUUAUUAGUUAGGGUGAGAAUUAGGAGCAGGAGGAAACUGUUGGGCCCUUUGAGCCUGCGCUGUCACUCAGUUAGAUCAUGGCUGAUGUAACUGUGACCGUCACUCCAUUUUUCUGUCAUUUCUCCCCCUCACAUCCCCUAAAUAAGCCCUAACUCCGUUGUGAUUCAAGAGUCUGUCUGAUUCAGUGUCACAUACGUUCAGUGACCCAAUCUCUACUGGCCUUUGGGGAAGAGAAUCCCAAAGACUUACAACCUCUAAGAGUGGGGAAACCCCUUAUUUUGAAACUGACCCACGAUGGGAAAUGUCCUUUCACCAUCUCUUCGCUGGGCAGCACGGUGGCUCAGUGGUUAGUGCUACUACCUCACAGUACCAGGGACCCGGGUUUGAUUCCAGCCUUGGCAGACUGUCUGUGUGGUGUUUACACAUUUUCCUCAUGUCUGUGUGGGUUUCCUCCGAGUGCCCUGGUUUCCUCCAAAGAUGUGCAGGUUAGGUGGAUUUGCCUUGGGAAAUGCAGGGUUACAGGGAUGUGGUGGGUCUGGGUGGGAUGCUGUUCGGAGGGUCAGUGUGGACUUGAUGGGCCGCAUGGCCUGCUUCCACACUGUAGUGAUUCGGUGAUUUAUCCCUCAAGCCCCGUCAGCAUCUUAUGUCUCAAAAAGAUCACCUCUCAUUCUUCUAAACUCCAACUCAGCUUUUCCUCCUAGGCCAAAUUCCUUUAUCCCAGGAAUUGGCCAAGUGAACCUUCCCUGAACUGUCUGUUUAUUUAAUUUUACAGCCAUUGUCUUGUUUGGGGUCUUCAUUUACACGUGAAAGUAUCUCCCCUCUGUUCAUAGUUGUAUGGUUUUAAAAGCUUAAACUGGGCACUUUGCCUUGGUGUAAGCACAAGGCUACUUGCUGUAGAGUGGUGUACAUCAUUUCACAAGUGACCUAUUCACAGAAGCACGGAACUGAAAAACACCGACCGGCGCCAGAGGUUUACAUGCAGUUUGAAUAAAGUUACUCUGUUUAUAUUUUUGUGGGUUUUUUUUAAAACCAGCUUCUAUGGUGAGCGAUUCACCUUGUUUUCCAUUGCCUACAAAUCCACAAAAGGCCGACAUUCCCUCUAAUCAAGGGGCACUCCUGUGGACACAUUAAAUUUCCCCUCCAAUAGCAUGGGAAUGUUUUGAUAAUUUUGAGGAAUGGAUCAUAUUCUGCAACUCUGGGUCUUUUGCUUUUUUCAAAACAACACACCACAGGAAUUGGCUACAAGGGCGAUGACGUUUUGCAGUUGGCCUGUGCAGGGAGACCUCGGAGCUCUGCUUCCAGAAACAACAUUGGUUGAAGUCACGGCCAGGGAGCUGAGCUUGGGGCUGAGAUUUAAUUGACUGCAGAUGGGGCUCCUUCUUUGACAGGGGUCCUGUAACCAGCAGCUGCAGACAGCAAGGCAGGGAUCCUGGGCUCUUUUCAAUAACCAUCAGUUCUAGCUUACUGGGGCCUGAACAGGGCCAAAUCUAACCAGCCUUUAGAACAGCUCACUUCGGCUGUGGCUCAUAACAAGUUAUUAGAGUUGCUGGCCUCCCUCACCAUUGCUCUUCACAGUCUUCUGAGGUCAAACUGGAGCUUAGAUCAGACCUAGUCCUCCAGGGAACGGCGCGAGGUCUCACUGAGCUUGGGGCCAGGAAGCGACACAAUUGAUCCAGUCUUCCUGACUUCCAUUUCCAUCCAACCCUCAAGAGUGUGUAGGGGACGGCCCUAGGGAGCAGAGGGCAAGUUGGAGGAGGCACAGUGGGUGGGUUUAGGAGCAGAGAGGCUGGAGUUACAGAUUGCCCACUGCCAGGCAGUAGUGGAAAGGUGCAGCAUUAAUAACAGACAAGGAUAUUGAGGACAGUAUUGAGAACUCUUUUCCAAUGCAUUGGUCCCAAAUUGUACAAAUGGACGAUUGGAUAAGCUGCACAUAUAGGCAGCCCCUAUUGGAACUGGGUUGGUUCACAUACAGUUAGGAGGGACGUUUUCUAUCCCCACAGAGAUCUCUUCGUUCUCGAUCUGUUGAAUAAGUUGUGUGGAGUUUUAUCCGUUUCAGAAAUGUACUAUUUUUAAUAUUAAAAAGAAGUCUGUUAUCACUGGAGUGAAUUCUUUGUCAUGCCUGUCCUACCUACUUGCUCCCAGUGGUGUCCUUAAAGUGACAAAGUGAUGGGCAUUUUCCACACGAUUGCAGAAAUCUGUGCCAUUGUGGCCAAACUCCUUUGCCUUCCCACCCAUGUGUUAAAGGCAACCUGUAGUCUUGCACCAAGAGAUUGGGGUGAGAGCAAGUGUAGAGCAUUGAUCUGACCUGGUGGCACAGAGUCCUCUCCUUGUGGGUGGGAAAUGGGCAUCCACCUUGUCUGGAUGCCCGUUGCCAGUGUGCAUGGGGUCGGGCUUUAGCUUGUUUCCUACCAUCGCCCAAGAAACAGCCGGUUUAGUAGGCCCAUUCUGUUUUGUCACUGCUCUGCUUGGUUGAGUUGGGAGGGGGAGAGUUGCUGUACGAGGAUAGGGGAAAGGAAUGGAAAUAUCUCUCACUUGGGGCAAUAAUGGCAAGCCUGGAAACGUAAACAUAAAUCUAGAAAAACUAACAGUCUGUUCAGGGGUGACCUAGACUGACUAUCUCACACUGAUAUUGAUGAGGUGGUUCCCCUCAUCCACUUUAACUGAGCUUGUUAACUGUUUAUAGCAUGUGCUGGGGAUUUCAGUCAGGAGUCUUCCUGUAUCUUAAUAUCUUAGUAUUUUAAUACCUAUGGCAUGUUGCCUGGGGAUGUUUGGAAAGAGUUUGAUUUUUGUACAGUUUUAUAUGUCAUGAAUUAAAAAAAAAAAAUUUGCAGAUCAAA